UGGAAGAUCAAAGGCUCACUUAACAAAUUAUAGCAAAAGCUUUCCUGUUGUUCUCAAUGGAAAACCAGUUGAAAUUGGCCAAGAAUUGAAUGAUGGAGAUAUGCUGAUGAUUGGUGGCAGAAAAUUUCUGUUUAAUUAUGAAAAAAGACUUGAGAAUUAUUCAGAAGAUUCAGAGGGUUCAGAUGAUUCAGAGAGUUCAGAAAAUUCAGAGGAAUCAAUGGAGUGGUCAGACCCUGAAGAUCCCGAUUAUGAGAUGGACAGUGAUGCAGGCAGUAUGACAUCUGAAGAGUGUAGUGAGAAAAGACAGGAGGAAGAAUAUGAAUGUGUUUCAGAUUCAGAAUCUGAUAUUAUCCCUUAUACAGCAUCUUUUCAAAUCAUAAACCAGGAUGACAAAGUUAGUUCAACAUCUGACUCAAAUUCAGCAACUAAACAACAAAAGCGAAAAGUUGAGGACUCAAAAACUGAAAUUAUUUCAAGCAGCGUUGAUGAAGAAGUAGAUGUUCAGCACUCAAGUAACAAAAGGGGGAUCCGUAUCUGGGACAAAGUACACUAUUGUUUUUACUGCCAGAAAGAAUAUACUAACAUUACAAAACAUUAUUUAGGAGUGCAUGCAAAAGAAAAAGAAGUACAACAUAUCGAGUCGUAUCCAUUGAAAUCAAAGGACCGAAAACAUGCUCUUCUGAAACUAAAAAACUCUGGAGAUUAUCAGCACAAUUGCAGUGUUUUAAAAUCAGGACAUGGAACUCUUAUAACGUAUACGAGAAACUGGAAUGAUGCAUCUGCUGAGAAGUUCUUGCCUUGUCAGUAUUGCUUGGGGUUUUUUCUGAAAUCUUGUCUGUGGAGGCACAUUAAAAAUUGUCCUUUUGCCCCUGAUGAAAGAAAACCGAAAUAUAGAAAGGUUUCAUCCCAAGCCUCACUUCUUCUUCCAACGAAAACAGAGGUUAGUAAUGGGCUGCGAGAAAAUGUUUUGAAAAGAAUGUCUGCAGAUGAAAUUAGCAUUGCAGCUAGAAAUGAUACAAUAAUUGUGAAAUUUGGAGAAAAAUUGUAUCAAAAGCAUGGACACUUGACUCACUUAUACACACAUGUUAGCCAAAAAAUGAGAGAAUUAGGAAGGCUUAUCAUUUCACUGAGAGAACUCGAUGAAGACAUUCAUUCACUUGAAGAUGCUAUUCUACCUCAGAAAUUCCCAGCUGUAGUGAAAUGCACAAGAACAUUGUGUGGAUUCAAUGACAAUACAAAUUCAUAUGCAAACCCAUCAUUGGCUCUAAAGUUGGGUCAUUCUUUGAAGAAAUGUGCCAAAAUAAAAACAUCUAUCGCUCUGAUUGAAGGAAGUGAAGAUAUGAGAACAAAUGCAGAUGCAUUUUAUACUCUUUGUGAAAAUGAAUGGAGUGAUUCCAUUUCAAGCAGUGCUUUACAAACUUUAACGGCAAACAAAAUGAACAAAGGUCAAGGACUUCCUUUAACAGAAGACAUCAAAAAGCUUCAAAGCCUGUUAAAGGAAAAAAACGAAAAACUAGUUGUUUUGUUACAGAAAUCUGUUAAAAAAUCCAUCUGGGAUGAAUUGAAUCAAACGACAUUAGCAAGACUUGUAAUGUUUAAUAGAAGGAGAGGAGGUGAAGCAGAAAGAAUAACUGUUCAAGCUUUUUGUGAAAAGAGAUCUAAAAAUGACUCGCUUAAAGAAAUUGAAGAUUCUCUAAAACCAGUGGAAAAACUUUUGUGUAAAACUUUCUCCCGAGUUGAAAUACGGGGGAAACGAGGCCGCACUGUUCCUAUCCUGCUAACUCCAGCACUUGAAAAAAGCAUUAAUUUGCUUAUUGAAACAAGAAAACUGGCUGGCGUGAAUCCCCAAAAUCCAUAUGUCUUUGCAAGAUCAAGCUUUGAUUCUCUGAAUCCUAUUCGAAGUUCGGAUUGCCUUAGAAAAUUUGCAGUAGAAUGCAGCGUUACAAAAGCUACAAAUAUAACAAGUACUAAACUAAGAAAGCAUGUAGCGACAGUUUCCCAAAUCCUCAAUUUGGAAAAAAAUGAUCUGGAAAUCAUGGCAGGCUUUCUUGGGCAUGACAUAAGGAUUCACAAUUCAUUUUACCGACUUCCAAGUGACACUCUGCAGAUAGCAAGAAUGGGAACAAUUUUAACAGCAUUUGACAAUGGUGACAUUUCAAAGUAUAGUGGGAAGUCUCUGGAUGAAAUUGCCUGUGAAGAAAUAAACUUGGGUGAGGAUGAGGAAGUUGAAGAUGAUGAGGUUGAAAUUGAUGAUGAAAAUCCAGAUGAAUAUGAAGCAGUCAGACAAAAUGAAAUGGAACCAAAAGCUAAACACCCAAGAGGAAAAGAUUUGUGCCGACUAAAGGAGGAAGAAGUCAACAUUAUAAGAAAGAUUUUCAAAAUUAAUAUUUUACAACACAAAGAGCUACGGAAAAGAGAAUGUGAGAAAGCAAUGGAUGAAUAUAAAGAGUUGAGAAGAUUAAGCUGGAAAAAAAUUAAAAACACUGUGCACAAUUUCAUUACACUGGAGAAAAAAAAAAUUAAGAAAAUGCAAGCAAGGAGUGGAAAAUCUAGCAUUCAGAUGCAGAAUUAACUGAUUGAGAUUUCCCUGUUGUGUGGAUAUACUCAUUUGUUUUUUUGUUUUUUUUAAUGUAAAAUGGAAUUACUUGAAUUGGGAACAAAUGAUGAGAACAAACUUUCAGAUAUCAAAAAGAUAACAAAUUGAAUAUAAAUUCAUUAUUUAAACAAUUUGAAAAGGAAAAUAAUUCAACCCAGGCAUUAUUUUUUUGGUAUCAUCUGUAAUGACUCUUAUUUUCCUGUCUUUUACAUGUAUUACAUGUAAAAACUUUUUGAAAGAAUGUCAACAUUUUAGUCAGUAAAUACUGUACCAAUUGUCCUAAAUAAUUAUGAUUAUUAAUGACUCAUAUUUGUAUUGAUUUUUUUGAAAUUUUAAAAUUACCGGUACAUUUUUGUCUGCAAAUUCUUUUACAUAUUAGCAAAAUAUUGCAUUUCAUUUGCAUUUUCUGUAGCAUAUUUUGCAAAAUAGUGCAUUUCAUUUACUGCAGAAUCUUGAAUAAAUAUAAAGGGGUCAAAUUAAAAGUUCACUGACUUUACAUUAAUAAUACUUAAAUUUACUUUCUGUUUUCAUUUACCAGGAUUCUCUUAAAACCAUUUAAUAGCUAGAUUGCUAGUUUUUGAUUUAGAUUGCACCAAACAAAAAGUCUUGGGGAUAAAUUAACUGUACCGUUAAGGAGGUAAAACUCUACAGUAGUUCUAAAAAGCAAUUUGAGCAUAAUAUUAUGUUGAGAAAGUGUAUUUUAUGAGAUGGAAAAUUGAAAAUACAUGGUUUUUUGUUGUUUAAUUUUGUAAAACAGAGGUUUGUUAUUUUUGUGUAUUCAACAGUUAUCUGUACUUCAAAAUACAGUCAGUUUAAUUUUAGGUGUCAGAAAGACGUUUCACAAUGUGUGUCUUGUUCUUUAGUUAGAUGAUCUGUAGACUGAUCUGAUGAUACAUAUGUUUGCUUGAUAAAGGGACCAUCUUAUUUUAUGUACCUUAUUUGUUUAUGCUUACAGUUGCAUGUGUACCAGUAAAUUGGGCAUAUACAUAGAUCUUUCUUUUUUUUUUUUAGCUCACCGAGACGAAGUUGGGGGGAGCUUAUGCUAUACCGGCGUUCGGACCUGGUUAAAGUUUUUGUUGCAGGUCCUGUAUCUAAGAUAUUACUUAUCCUAUCUUCACCAAACUUGCAUGGAUUAUGCAUCUGGACCUACUUAUGGAGUUGAAAGACUUGGAUGCUGAAUCUGGGUCCUGAAUUUCAGAUGCUGGGGGUGGUUAAGGUUUUUAGAGCAGGUUAAGGAUUUUGUUUCAGGUGCUCUUUGAUAGCAAUAUCUAAGUUACUGCUGGUCUGUACUUCACCAAACUUGCAUGGAUGGUGUGUCUUAUGAUACUGAUGCACCUGACAGGUUUGAAUGCCUAACCUGAGCCAUAGGUUUCAGAUGCUGGAGGAGGUUAAGGUUUUAAGAGCUGGUUUAGGUUUUUAAAAAGGUGCCCUCUCAUGAUGAUAUCUUAAUUAUUACUUGUCCUAACUUCACCAAACUUAAAUGGAUGGUGCAUCUUAUGAUACUUAUGCACCUGACAGGCUUGAACUAUAGGUUUCAGAUGCUGGAUAAGGUUAGGUUUUUGGAACAGGUCUUAUGAUUAAUAGAUAAUAGUACUAUUUCAAACUUGUAUAGUUGAUUAAACUAAAAUAUGAAUGAAUCCCAGAGAUAGCCUCAGAUGCAAAGCUUGAUCUCCAUUUCCAAGGAUGCUAAAAAAUAAAUCUUAGUUAUUACUGGUCCUAUCUUUACCAAACUAGCAUGGAUGAUGCGUCUUAAGAUACUGAUGCACCUGACAGGCUUGAAUGCUGAAUCUGAGCCAUAGUUUUCACUUGAAUUUGUAGUAUUUGAUAUUGUAUAAUAUAAUAUUAUACUAUAUUGUAUUAUAUAUUAUGAUAUUGUAUUAUGUGAUCAAAUACAAUAAUGUAUAACACAAUACAAUACAAUAUUAUAUCGCAUGUUACAAUAUCAUAUCUCAUCAUUGUUUAAUACGGUAUUUUAUUGAAUUAUAUGAUAUAUAUUGUAAGUAUGAUAGGAAGCAAUAUUGUAUUUUAUAUUAUUGUAUUGAUAAACAUUGUAUCUUAUAAUACCGCAUGAAAUGAACAUAUGAUCAUAUCAUACAAUAUUUUAACAGAUGAUAUACGAUAUUGUGUCAAAACAGUUUCCAUGAAUAUCCAAGAUCAUAAAGUUUGAUUUUCACAUAACAUGAUAAAGGUGGUCUCAUGAAGGUGAUGCCUCGUCUCGGUGAGCUUUGUAAUUUGUGAUUACCUAUGUUUUUUAAAUGAAUUUGAUUCUCUCGAACAUUAUUUUCUAGAAUCUCUUUUUGAACUGGUCAUUGUUUAUUUCUUUUUGUCAGUAGAGAAAGUAUAUACUAGUACAUUUAGUUGCAUUUUGGUUCUUAAGAGUGAUAAGAAAAACUGCUGUACUUUGUUUUUUGAGUUGACAUAUUCACGUAAUAAAUUAAUCUUAAAUGAAAGCAAAGUUUUCUUUAAUUACACUUGCUGUCCUUC